AUGUAUUCGACAUCGCCAUCUUCAUCAUCUAUGGCAUCGUCAUCUGGACGUUCGUCGCCGGAGCACUCAUCGCAACCACCUCCCUCCCAGCCGCAAAGAAGCAAUUCAUUCCUCCUACCUCAGUUCUUCUUUGGUAACAGCAGCAGCAGCAACAACCACAACAGUGCGGAUGCCACUCCGCAUCCUGUUACGAGCGCCUUGCUCUCACAACCUCCUCGUCGCACCAGCUUUGGUGGCGCCUUGUCGAGUAGCGGUCGUUUCUCGGCGUUGAGUGCCUUCGGGUUCACACAGGGCUCGACUGGCUUCGGCACCUCACCUCCUGCUUCCUUUGUCGGUGCUGCUGAGCUGUCCAGGCGCUCGGGAAGUGCUGUCGGAUCGCCCGCAUCUGAGUCAUCGUUUUCUUGGUUCGCAAAUCCACCUGCACAGCAAACGAGCUCCAGCACAAGCACAGGCACAAACGCAGCCACUAGUGUACCUCCUCCUGCAAAACGCCACCUGUGCUUCCCUGACGGCAUGGGUGGCACUGUCUGCGUCGAAGCCAAAGAUCGCAGUCGUCGCGGCUCGUCGGUCAACUAA